UUCACUCAAUUCCUCAAGCCCAAAAGAAUACAUCGAACUCACCAAUUCCCCCAUCAAUACCAAUCACAUAACCGUCACAAUGGUCAAAGCCGUCGCCGUCCUCCGUGGAGACUCCAACAUCAAGGGAACUGUCACCUUUGAGCAGGCCGACGAGUCCUCCCCCACCACCAUCUCAUGGGACAUUACCGGCCACGAUGCCAACGCUGAGCGUGGCAUGCACAUUCACGCCUUCGGCGACAACACAAACGGCUGCACAUCUGCUGGACCCCACUUCAACCCCCACAACAAGACCCACGGUGCCCCCAGCGACGAGGAGCGCCACGUCGGUGACCUGGGCAACUUCAAGACUGACGGCCAGGGCAAUGCUAAGGGAACCGUCACCGAUAAGCUGAUCAAGCUGAUUGGCUCCGAGAGCGUCAUUGGCCGCACCAUUGUCGUCCACGCCGGCACUGACGACCUUGGCAAGGGUGGCCACGAGGAGUCCAAGAAGACUGGUAACGCUGGAGGCCGUCCUGCUUGCGGUGUCAUUGGUAUCUCCAACUAAGAAUUGUAUACGACGUAUAAAUAGAGAAUUCGAAUGGGUCCCUGAGCUCAUGCAACAUGGAGUAGCUCACUUGCCGACGUAAUCAUGAAGCAGCCCAAGAAAGAGGGCAUGGAUGGGACUGAGUAGCC